CCAGACAGUAACCCCUACAGCACCAUGGCCGAGGUGUUUGGACAGAGGAGCUUGUUGGGUUUUGGUGUGGUGUUGGCAUGGCUGGUUUUGUUCCACCUGCUGGUCAACAUCUGGCUGCUCUGCGUUUUCACCAGCCUGCUGGUGGUGUUAGGUGGCUGGCUUGGCUCGCAGGCAGUCCUAGAGUCCGACAGUGUGAUUCACCUGGAGAGAUUUAUCACACUGGAGCAGGUUCCUACCUCUGUGGAGGAUGAUCAUCACUUGGACCAGGAGAUCCACAACACAGUGAAGAAAAUCAUCAGGGACUUUGUCACCUCCUGGUACUCCACUGUGUCCUAUGAGAGUGGUUUUGAAACUGAGGUUCAAGAGGCCAUGAUCUCUAUGGCUAUGGAGCUGAAAAUGCGUGCAAAACAGGUUGACAGGAAGGAGCUGCUCCAGAAGAUCCUAGAUCUGUUUGGCUGCCACCUGCAGGACUACAUCAGAGCCAAGGAGCUGGUGUCUGAGCAGCAGACACCCAUGAUAACAAAAUGGAGCAGUGAGAGCCAGCAGUUGUGGAAAGCGUAUUUCAGGGUUACCACACCUCAUGUUGCCAUGACCAGUGAUACAGUUGAACUCAAUUACACCAGAGCGGUUGUAGAUUUAUUGUUGCAUGUUUUGGUGCCAUUGCCACACUUGGAGACCCGCACUGGACGGUUUGUUGUCGGAGAGCUCAUCAACUGCAACGUCCUUCUCCCUUUCAUUGCAAAACUAUCUGACCCUGACUGGUUAAACAUCCUCAUGAUUGAAAUAUUGGGCCAGUCCAGCAAACCCCAGGAACCAAUUACAACAGAGACACUGACUUCAUCCCCACCAAUAACACAACCACUUGCUGAAUCAGAGCUUGCUCCACUAAAAGAGACAACACAGGUACCUCAAAAAUAUACUGAAAUUCCUCAAGCAAGAGCUGAGACUGAAAUUGUUCAUGAGACAGAGAUGCCUGAGGUUGCUUCCUGUGAUGUGUUUGACUCAAAGGGGGUCGACUGUCCACAGAACAACACUGAAGAACAAGAAACUACUCGACCCUUUCUAGAUCAUUACAUUAGAGGAAGCAAGUUAAAUCCAUUUUACCAGGAAAAUGACUCUGACCUGGAUUCUCCUUUGGCUGACUAUAAACAGAGUUCCACUGAUUCCCUGGUCAUGAUAGGCCAAGAGGAGGGUGUGAAUGACAUAAGGAAAGAAUGUACCACAUCUGCUGAAAACAACAAUGGUGUGGACUUGGCGGAUGUUUGUCCCUGUCCAGUGGAUGGCUCCUGCCGAAAUGUCCUGGUGAAUUCAGAACAUCCUAAUGGCUACAGCCCCUCAUCAGCAGAGGGGACUCCCAGUAUCACCAGCCUCCAGGACUUGGAGAGGGAGCGCAGUUCCCCUUUAGUAAACCCAACCAGAGACCUUCUUCUGGGUGUAGAACAGACUGGGUUGGGGAACCCCAAUGAUCUGACUGUAGUCAGUCCAUUGCAGGGCUCUUCCCCCAUGCCAUCAUUCAGUUUUGAGCCCCUCAGCAGCCCUGAUGGACCAGUCAUCAUCCAGAACCUCCGCAUCACUGGCACCAUCACAGCUAAGGAACACAGAGGCACUGGCUCACACCCUUACACACUAUACACCAUCAAAUAUGAGACAGCGAUGGGUUGUGAAAACCCAGGAAGCAUCCAGCCAGGCUCUGAGGAUGCUGAAGUUGUACAGACGAGUUGUGAGAAUCCGUCUCCCAUUCAGCCGGUAGCCUAUCACAUGGUCAACAGACGAUACAGCGAGUUCCUCAACCUGCAAACACGGCUGGAAGAAAAAACAGAACUGAGGAAACUCAUCAAAGGUGUGAAAGGUCCAAAGAAAAUAUUUCCAGACAUGCCAUUUGGAAACAUGGACACUGACAAGAUAGAGGCCCGGAAAGGACUGCUAGAAACCUUUCUAAAGCAACUCUGUGCCAUCCCUGAAAUAGCCAAUAGUGAAGAGAUGCAGGAGUUUCUGGCUCUCAAUACAGAUGCCAGGAUUGCCUUUGUCAAGAAACCUUUCAUUGGGUCACGCAUAGACAAGAUUGUAGUGAAUGCCAUUGUGGACACCUUGAAGACAGCCUUUCCUCGAUCAGAACCUCAAAGCCCCACAGAGGAUUUUCAGGGAGAGAUGGAUGGAGGGAAAAUAAUUGGGGACAAGAAGAGCAAGUCUCGUCUGAAGUUCUCUAGUAAAAACAUUCCAUCUAUGAAUGGCUCAGACAUAAGACCAUCGGUUUUGUUCAGUCUGGAGCAAACUAGCACAGUGUUUAACAGGAUGUCCUUGCAAGAUUUGCAAGCCUUUAUCACUGAACAAGAAAAACAGGCCGUCAGAAGCGAGCAAGAGAGGGAUGACAGUCCAGUGGUCCGAGAAUUCAGUGUCUGUCUGGAUGACAGCUUGAGAGGAAAUCAGAGUCGGGAACAUGCAUCUGAGACAGCGCUGGCGGAGGUGGCUCUGAACAUCCUGUGUCUGCUGAUGAAAGAGCAGUGGAGCUGGCUGUGCACUGAAAACAUUCAGAGGACCAUCAGGUUGCUGUUUGGGACCCUUAUAAACAGAUGGCUGGAUGUGAGCGUAGCCAACCUGACAUGCAAAAGGUACUGGGUGGUGUACCUGCAGGUCAUCCAGGAGGCUGUAUGGCCAGGUGGAGCUCUGCCUACCUCCCCUCAACUUGAACGCAGCCAGCAGCAGAAGGAAAGCACCAGGCAACAAGCCUUACACUGUCUGAUGAGACUCCUACCAGAUCUGGUCUCAGAUAUGUUGGGUUCAGACAAGUACAAACUCAGCUGGCAGACUGCAUUGGACUCUUUUCAAGACCCCCACAUUAACAAACACUUGGUCUACUGUAUAUUUGACCUUCUUCUGGAGUUCCUGGUUCCUGAAGUACCUGAGGAGGACUUCCAGAGGGGCCUGCUGCAGACCCUCUCUAAAAAUCCAGAGAAGUUGAUGGCAUGAGGAGACAACCCACACGCUUUAACUUUUCAUCAUCCUAACUAUCAGCCUAAUCAUUCACCACCGCUGAAUUGUUGAAAAACAGUGUGACAGUGAGGCUGCUCCCAUUCUACUAAUGUUCUGCAAUGAGAGUGUAAGUUAAGGUUUCUGGUGAGACUGGAUAUUCUCUGUCCCCACUUUUAACCCUUGAUGUCACUCAGUUCUCUCUGUAAUUACGUGAUGAUGUAUUAACAUGUGAGGCUCUUGAACAUGGUGUCCUGUAUACACACACACUUAAACACACACUACAUUUGAAGCAGCUUUAAUUACAUGAGAGCACAUGGUUUGUGUUUGAUCUCAUGUGUCUCACGUGAAGUGCAGAUCUAAACAUGUGGCAAAGCAUCAUCUGUCGUCCACAUCCACCCUCUUCCUGACUACUAAAGCCCCCAGCUUUGAUUAAACUCACUUCAGAUGGUUUUCACUCUCCCUCAUCCCCUCCCACAGUCUCUGGGUAGAAGACCUUGCACCUGUUGUUCUAAUCGGGAGAUUCAGGAUUUGCUUUUUCCCCCAACUUAAAUCUCAAAACGGUCUAUAGCGAUUUAGCGUCACUGUUUCUAGUUUCUGUUAACCCAUUCUUCGGUAUCCUACUGGCUCUGUGUAGAGCCACGUGUGAUUCUGACAUAAUUUGAGCUAUACUUCCUAAAUCUGAGCCUUCCUGAGGCAUCAUAGGUCUCUGGAAGUUUUUAACCUGCAACUGUCCAGGUGUAGGAAAAGUACAUAUGUAGUGUAUGGUGGUUAAGAGUUGGCCAUAAGCUGGCUUUACAGGUAGGUUCUUUUAACAGGUUCCUCGGAAAAUUAUCUGUGCAGUUGUAUGAAUAUGUAUAAAUAACACAAGAGCUAGGCUUGACAAAAACUGGUAUAUGAAGAGCGACUGGUGUUGGCAUAGGUCCAUUCAGUAACGUUAGAUUUUUGUGUAGACUACUGUGAAACAGUACUCUCUCUCUCUCUCUCUCUCUCUCUCUCUCUCCUUUCUAUCCAUGCUGAUACCUUUGGUUUUAUUUGUCCACGUUUUCAGUUAUCAGUCUCAAAGAUUUCUGCCUUUUCCACCCUAGUGCAAUGGGUUUCUCUGUAAAAUCCACAGACCUCACUUUGAACUACUCUCUGUUGAAAAAAGAGUCCCUAUGAAAUCUGUCGACAUUGCGUUCUGUGGAUUCUAUUAAUGCCGAGAAUGUAAAAGGCAUUUUUCACGGCAGACCUUUUGAGUUCGUCAGAGUAUGAAAAGUAUAGGUGUUACGAAUAACAUUAACUACGGCUCUGUUCUGUUCAAGUGUCCCUGGAAGCCGUGACAGUAUGACAGUGAGAGAGCAUGAACUUUACCAGGAGCCUAAAACUGAAGCAGCUAAACGGAAUUCAGUCAUUAUUAAUUAUGAUUUACACCUGUGCUUUUCCUUCCAUAACAUGUCAAAAUGUCCUCUGUGGCCUGUUGUUAACUGAAGACAUGCCAUAUUUAAGUAGCUAAUGUAAUGCAAAUACAGUUUUUCCCCAGUAAAUUGGAUAGAGCAGGUGGAAGGUGCCGCUCUUUAAAAUAACUGUCUGAUGACUGACAAGUCCAACUUAUAGACUUAAAUGCAAACUUUAAACUAUCUUCAGCUCAAUACAGAUUCUGUUGGAUGUGUCUAGCACUGGUGAUUGAAAAAGUAAAGAAAGGGACACAAAUUCUUGCCAAAUUGGAUCAUGCUUGUUUCAAUCUGGGUCAGUUCAUGGUGGCCACUUUUUCUCAUAAAAUUUUUUUUAAACUUGUUUGAUAAUUGCGACUGACAUGGGCGACUGAUGACAUCACUUGUGUACCGCCUGAGGGAGACAUACCGGUAAAUUAACAGCUUUACUUUACAAAGUUCACUCACCUCAAUUCACUCUAUAGGCUAUACAGUCCUACACGCUUCUCCAUCCAGCAUCUCACCCAAUCUCUGUUCUUUUUUCCUCCUUUUUUUUGGCUUUUGUCAGCACCAAAGUCACUGCAUGUCAGCAGAGCAAGCUGCUGGUUGCUGUCCAUGUUUGUACUGGUACAAGAAUGCAUGACAGUUGGUAUUCCCACAGAAUGUGGGAUGUUGUUAUGGGCUCAAACUACUUUCAAAAAGAUUUUGAGCUUGUAAAGUGAUGUUCACAAAUAUUUCCAAAGUUUGUAGUUAUAAGUCACCCUUUGUAAAGAUGGGUUUUCAUACAGGCGGGUUUGCAUAUGUACACAGCACAUUAAUUGUUUACCAUUUACCACUUUGAACGCCAAGGGCGCAGUUGUCUGCUUUGUAUCUUUACACAGACGUUCGCAAAAGCACUUCUUUUUUCACAGUGUCUUUGUGUAAACUCACUGAUACUAUUUGGUCACAGAUUUUAAGCAUACAGUCUCUCUUUUUUUUUUUUUUUUAAAUACUAAUCUUUUCUACACAUGUACACACUUGAAUUUCUCAUGCAGAUUUAUUCUAAAGGUUUACAAAAGUUUAUCUGCAGCUACAAACUUUGGAAUUAUUUGUGAAAGUCACUUUACAAGCUCAAAAUCUUUUUGACCCUAAUUUGAGCCCAAAGGUCGUCUACUCCCAGAACUCCAGUUGUUACUGAUCACUGAGUCAGUGUCAAAGACUAAAAAAUUGUGCAAGUUGAUGGAAACAAUUUGUAUGUAUGGUUUGUCCAGUCUUUGUAAGUUUUUAGCUAGUCUUAAGGCAUGUCCCAAGGCUAACGUUAGCUUGAUGCCUAUUUUUCCUUCAUUUUAUUCCUCCUCACCUGAUUGCCACUUUUACCAGUGUUUAAAAGGUUUUCUUUUUUUCCUUCCAUUACAAAGAGCUGUUCUAAUUUAUUACCGCAAAGCAAAUGAAAGCUGUGAUCAAACAAUGGGUCCUUGUGCCCUGCUGAGUCGAACCAGACCGAUUCGGAAGCAUCUUGUCUAGCAUAAUGUAGUAUAAUUAUAUUUCAUAAAGGUGUAAUAGUUUCUGAUAUUCUUCUAACUCUAUUUUUAGGCAAGGCGUUGUACCUCCACCAAUACAUGUUGCAGGAAAACCUUUAAUACCUAAAACCACAUUCGAGCAAUUGUGUCACUGUUAAAAAUUCCCAUCAAAUAAUCCACAAAACUCAUCACGUCCAUGACAAUGUGAUGAGCCAGUGUCUAAAUUCAAUCCUGUCUCCCAGACCUCCACCGUUGCUGCCUGGCGACAAUGUAAUCAUGCAGCUGAGUGGCUGUCAUCAAUCAUCCUUUAGUCACUUAAGAAACCAUCUGAAGAGAGUUUUGGUGGCGUCACCACACGGUCUCUAAAGUCACUUUAAACGAAUCACUGAAGGUUUUUGUACUUCUGAAAUUUGCCUUUGUAUCUUAUUGCCUUAUUGCAUGGUGGUAACACAACAAUCAGGACUUCUUCCCCAGCUGGAUAAAGGCAAUGAACAGAAAACUGUUGUAUUUUACUGAAAAAGUUUGUAUCCAGCUGUAUCCAAGUAUGUUACGGCUCAGAUCAUUAUUCAUGUCUCUUAUCACAGACAGGUGUAAGCUUAAUGCCGUCUCACAAACUGUCUUAAAAUACCGAUGAGUUACAUUUCAGUUGAAGCCGGCCAGAAUCAUGAUGUAAUGUAGAGUAAAUCAGUUUCUCAGCCUUUUCUGGAAACAUUUUAAUGUUCCGAAAUGGUGCCUAUUAAAUUUACACAAGUUGUCGUGUGAAUUGUACUACUGCAUACCUUUGUGUUUUAUAUUUAGGAGCAUAGAGUCAGCUCCAAAUCGGUUAUUUUGAGAUUAAAAGUAUGCAGUAUUUUCUCAUUUGAAAUACAUUUAAUACUUCUCCUGCAACCGAAUAUGUAUAUUUGGUUAAGUCGUGGGGAUCUGAUGCCAAGUUUAAGUGAGUGAAAAAAAAGGAGGCAGAUUUUAAUGUUACUAUCAUUCCAGUGUUUUGUGCUUAUACCCUGGUUUAGUGGCCUCAUCCUUGUCUUAAAUUCCUUUGUGAUUCAGUCUAUUUAUUAACCUAUUUAUUUGUUCGAAAUGCUAAGUGACGACUCAUUCUGAAUUCCAACCAUAAAAGAAGGAGUGAGGUGUCAGUGCUGACAGACAGGAGCGACCUAUUAGGAAGUGCUUUUUCCUGGAUUUUGCCUUACAAGAUGGCUUGAAGAAGUUUGGUUUGGUCUUUCCCGCAGUAAUGCAGCUGUGGUGUAACCACUGACCAUGAUAAGCACCCAGUUCUAGCUCUCCGUACUGAUACUGUUAACUGUGUUCUUUUUAUUGUGCCAGAUUGUGCUGAAUGUGGAAGCUUUUAUAGAUCUUAUGUUGUGGAGGUUUGUAUUUUUGCUUGCUCAUUCUGAUGAAGGAAUUCCAUGUAUGUUGUUAUGCUAAAACUGCAAAAUGACACGGCACACAUUCACACGCUUAUACUAUACUGCGGCAUAUUGCUGCCACCCAGACAAAAACAUAUACACUCAGUAUAUCAUGAUAUCAAGAACAUUUUCUUGCUUUAGAUCCUUUUCACGUUAUAAGUUCAUAUUUUUCAUGCUAUAAUGACAUACUAUUCUUAUCUUGUUUUUUUUUUCUUAUCAUUGGUUAUUAGCAUAAAUCUGUUAUUGUCCACAUUAAAAGCUGUAUGUAAAAAUAUAUGCGUACCAAGUGAAACAACCUCAACAUUGUUCAGUCUGGCCCAGACAGGGGUGGAGGUUUGGUGCUGAUCGUAGAUACAGCAUGUGGUACUCAGCAUCAGAUACUUUAUUUUUUCAGAAAUGCUGAAUCAGAGAUUAUAUCGGGUUGCAGAAGCUAGUGGAAAAGAGCCUAAACGGGACGUGAUGUCAUGUCCUUGGCUUUCGAUAUGUAUGUAGUAAGCAUAAUAAAGUGUGUGCCCGGGGUUUACUUUGCAUAUUCUGCGACAAAUCUACAAUUCCACACAGCACUGGCUAUUAGAAACCUUUGUGAUUUUAAGUUAGUCACGAAGGUGAUCACUUUUGGAGCAUACAAAAACACAGCUACUUACAUCAUCAUAACCUGGUUUCAUCCGUAUCCAUCCACUCACCAACACACUCUUCCAAAUGUGUAAUCUCUGCCGUGUAAAAACGUCUGCCACGCUCAGUCCUCUCUGGCCUGCUGUUGUUACAGACUUGGUUUAACUAGCCGCAGCCCCUCGACUCACUCACGGACUCACCUCAUCUUACGAGCCGUGACACUUCACCUGCGAUGGUUAGGGCUUUUGGGAAAUGUUGUUUGUUAGGCCACUAAAUUCAGGAAUCUUGGUUAACCAACAAUAUUCAAUCUAUUGUUUUCUUUUUCUUUUCAUUUGAAAUUACCACCCUUAUCUAGACUUAUGGAGUGAACCACACAACAUACUGUUGAGUUAUGUUAUGUUCCAUGACUAGCAUAGUAACAAAUAUCAGUGGGAUUUCGAAAGAAGUAUUUCUUUCUUCUGGAACAGAACCCAGUAGUGUCGGUUUUGCUUCAGCUGUACAUAGUCUCAGCAAGUAUAGAAUGGGAUCCUCCCUGCUGAUAGACAGAGGGUAGGUUACUGAAUUGUCACCUGUUUGUGGACAAUCACUGGGCUAAACCGACACCAAAUCCACACAGAAAUGAUGCAUAAAUGCGCAAAACAAGCCGAAAAAAGCUCACAACCAUAAUGCAUAAAAACAUUCUGCCUUUUGGCCACAGUACGUCUAAAGCAUCGACCAGAUCCUUUUCUCAUUAUAACAAUGUACCAGCUAUGUGAUAAUAAGAAAAGUCUAUAAUAUUAUAACUAGAAACAUUUCUUUUAACGGCGUACCUUGAUUUUGUGCAAUUGUUUUUGUAAAGGAGACAGUUUGGUGAUACAACACAAAUAACAUGAUAUAACAAGAUAGAGAUUUGUUUUUAUAACGACAGGUUUCUUGUUUAAAAAAAAAAUCAUUUGAUAUGUAGUAAUAGCCAGAAGGUUAUGUUGUAAUAGCAUGAAAAGUAUUUGUUAAAACAUUAAAAGGAUCAAUUUAAAGCAAGACAUUUUUCUCUUUUAUAAGAAAAACUGAGCAAGGAAAUGUAUUUGUCAUGUGGGAUUAUUAAGCUGCUGUAUUUAUCUGCUUUAAUCAGUAGUAGAUGAUAGAUGUUCCAUUUUUCAUGUAAAAAAACACACAGCUAUUUGUUCUUGGAACUUUACAUAUUUACACCAAAGGUUACAUAGAACAGCAACCUCCUAUAGACAAUUACAACACAGACGCAAAAGUGUAUGUUGAUGUCUGUUACAGUAAUAUAUGAGAUUGUACAGGUCCACUGUUAACUAUAACUCUGUUCCCCGACUCCUCUGCACUGUCCUAUGUCGGGUGUUUCUCUGCAAUGUGACUUUUGAAAAUGUGGUCGUGUUGUGCAUGUUAAUGCUGUGAAUCAGUUUCUUCGUUGUCUCUCACAUAUUGUGUCCCAGUCUUUUAAACAUUUGAUGGUGGUUUCUGA